UCACCAACCCACGAAAAGGUACAACUACUUUUUAGUGUGUACAGACUCCUCACCUAAAACCAAGAGAAUAGAUAGAACACCUAAGCCUUACCAACCACCACGCUUGGUUUCAUUUCAUGGCUGUUUGAAUCUCUUAUUAUAUUCAAACACGACAAUUAUAACUGAAAGACCCAAAUUUUGUGAGAGAAAGAGAGAAUGGGGAGCCCUGGAGUUGCAUUGGGUGACAUACCCUCUGUUGACAUGAUGACCGAACUCCUCCGCCGUCUCAAGUGCUCCUCCAAGCCCGACAAACGCCUCAUUCUCGUUGGUCCCCCUGGAUCUGGAAAAGGUACACAGUCACCCAUUAUAAAGGAUGAAUUUUGCUUAUGCCAUUUAGCCACUGGUGAUAUGUUGAGAGCUGCUGUUGCUGCUAAAACUCCUCUUGGCAUUAAGGCUAAAGAAGCCAUGAAUAAGGGAGAACUUGUAUCUGAUGACUUGGUUGUUGGUAUAAUUGAUGAAGCCAUUAAAAAACCAUCAUGUCAAAAGGGUUUUAUUCUCGAUGGUUUUCCCAGGACUGUUGUUCAAGCACAAAAGCUAGAUGAGAUGCUUGAAAAGCAGGGAGCCAAAAUCGACAAAGUGCUUGACUUUGCAAUUGAUGAUUCCAUAUUGGAGGAGAGGAUCACUGGCCGAUGGAUACACCCAUCGAGUGGUCGCUCUUACCACACCAAAUUCGCACCUCCAAAAGUUACUGGUCUUGACGAUGUCACUGGAGAACCUCUGAUUCAACGAAAAGAUGACACUGCAGAAGUUCUUAAGUCAAGGCUAGGCGCAUUUCACAGGCAAACUGAACCGGUUAUCAAUUAUUAUGCCAAGAAAGGUGUCCUUGCCCAACUGCACGCAGAGAAACCUCCAAAAGAGGUCACUGCUGAAGUGCUGAAGGCUCUCUCUUAAAGGAAUACAAGUCCAAGACUCAAUUAAAUGGACUUGUUUUAAUUCUCUCAUUACCACAAACUUUCUUUUUCUUCACUUGCCAAGCACUGAGCUUAAGUUGGUUUUUCAACUUCCAUAGAGGCCAUUUUUAUCGAAUAAAAAAGUUGACAAAGAUCUGAAUUUUGA